AUGUCUUCUCUUCCUCAUUUAUCCAUUCCAGCCAUCGUCUUUGCCUGUGUGGCGCUCUUUGCUGUGCAUCGGAUCUACUAUGAGAUAACCGUCGCUGCGUAUCGCCGGCGGCUAAUUCGCGAGAAUGGCUGCGAGCCCGUGUACUCGUACCCCCAUAAGGGUAUCAUGGGUAAGUUGAUCGGAUUGGACGUGAUCAGGGCCAAUGUGCAGGCGGCCAAAGAGGGUCGAGUGCUUGAAGACAUCCGCUUGAGAAACUGGGCCGACGGACGCAAGACGAUCAGGAUGAGGGUCUUGCGAAACCAUGUGUUUGUGACGAUUGAGCCCAAGAACGUCCAGGCCAUGCUGUCCACAAAGUUCAGCGACUUCGCUCUGGGCACAAGGAGAAAAGAAGUCUUCAUGCCCAUCUUCGGCCACGGCAUCUUUUCGACCGACGGCGAGGCCUGGGAAAGGUCUCGGGCUCUGGUCCGACCCAACUUCACCCGUCAACAGGUGGCCGACCUCGACAUGUUGGAAACCCACAUCGGCAAUCUCAUCGGCGCCAUCCCCCGCGACGGAAGCACGGUGGACUUGCAGGAACUUUUCUUCGGCUUGACCAUGGACUCGGCCACAGAGCUCCUCUUCGGAGAAUCCACCAAGACGCUGGCGCCAGGUCUGGAGACCAAAUCAGCCAGCGACUUCGUGAAAGCGUUUGUCUAUGUGACGGAGAAUGCAUCCAAAAACUUCAGAUCUGGAGGCUUGCUAGAAUACAUUCCAGACUCCAAAUGGCGCAAGAGUGUCAAGGUUAUCAACAAUUUCGCCGACCAGAUCAUCCACGACGCUUUAGAGCAAGCCGACACCGAGAAACCCUUAGAAAAUCGUCGCUACGUUUUCCUCCACGCCCUCCUCAAACAAACCCGAGAUCCCUACACCCUCCGGUCAGAAUUGCUCAACAUCCUCCUGGCCGGACGAGAUACCACGGCAAGUCUCCUGUCCAACACUUGGCACGUCCUUUCGAAACGGCCGGAUAUCUGGGCCAAGCUCAAGGUCGAGGUUGAAAACUUGGGCGGCGUGCCACCGGACUACAGCACGAUCAAGGAAAUGAAAUACCUCAAAUGGCUGUUGAAUGAAUCGCUACGCCUAAUGCCCGUUGUGCCGGGCAAUGGCCGCGAGGCGAUUAGGGACACGGUCCUUCCCCUAGGAGGUGGCCCUGAUGGCAGGUCCCCCAUGCUUGUGAAGAAAGGCGAAGAGGUGUUAUAUAGUCCGUGGUCGAUGCACAGGCGAGAAGAUUUCUACGGACCCGAUGCCCUAGAAUUCAGGCCAGAGCGAUGGGAGAGUCUGCGUCCGGGUUGGGAAUACCUGCCGUUCAAUGGCGGGCCGCGGAUCUGCGUUGGCCAGCAAUACGCUCUGCUCGAGGCCAGCUAUGUCACCAUCAGGCUGAUACAGACGUUUCCGAGGAUCGAAAGCCGAGACGAGCGCGAGUGGCGCGAAUGGCUGACCAUCACCCUGGCAAGCGGAGUUGGAUGUAAAGUGGCAUUGUUUGAGAAGUGA